AUGCUGCUUAAUUUGAGGAUCCUGUUGAACAAUGCAGCUCUUAGAAAUGGUCACAGUUUCGUGGUUCGAAAUUUUCGAUGUGGACAACCACUACAAAAUAAAGUACAGCUGAAGGGUCGUGACCUCCUCACUCUAAAGAACUUUACAGGAGAAGAAAUUAAGUAUAUGUUAUGGCUAUCAGCAGAUCUCAAAUUUAGGAUAAAACAGAAAGGAGAGUAUUUGCCCUUAUUACAAGGGAAGUCCUUAGGCAUGAUUUUUGAAAAAAGAAGUACUCGAACAAGACUUUCCACAGAAACAGGCUUUGCACUUCUGGGAGGACACCCUUGUUUUCUUACCACACAAGACAUUCAUCUGGGUGUGAAUGAAAGUCUCACAGACACAGCCCGUGUGUUGUCUAGCAUGACAGAUGCAGUGCUGGCUCGAGUGUACAAACAAUCAGAUCUAGAUAUUCUGGCUAAAGAAGCAUCCAUCCCAAUCAUCAAUGGGCUGUCAGAUUUGUACCAUCCUAUCCAGAUCCUGGCUGAUUACCUCACGCUCCAGGAACACUAUGGCUCUCUGAAAGGCCUUACCCUCAGCUGGAUUGGGGAUGGGAACAACAUUCUGCAUUCCAUCAUGAUGAGUGCUGCAAAAUUCGGGAUGCACCUUCAGGCAGCUACUCCAAAGGGUUAUGAGCCAGAUCCCAGUGUGACCAAGGUGGCAGAGCAGUAUGCCAAGGAGAACGGCACCAAGCUGUCACUGACAAAUGAUCCAUUGGAAGCGGCUCGUGGAGGCAAUGUGUUAAUUACAGACACAUGGAUAAGCAUGGGACAAGAAGAGGAGAAGAAAAAGCGGCUCCAGGCUUUCCAAGGUUACCAGGUUACAAUGAAGACUGCUAAAGUUGCUGCCUCUGACUGGACGUUUUUACACUGCUUGCCCAGAAAGCCAGAAGAAGUGGAUGAUGAAGUGUUUUAUUCUCCACGAUCACUAGUAUUCCCAGAGGCUGAAAACAGGAAGUGGACAAUCAUGGCUGUCAUGGUGUCCCUGCUGACAGAUUAUUCACCUCAGCUUCAGAAACCAAAGUUUUGA